UACAUCGGCAUCGCCGAGUUCCGUCGGCUUUCCGAGCUUUCUCGCGAUUCUUCGCCUCCCACCCCCGACGGAGGUCGCGAAGACGGUGGGGGUGCGCGUCGGCGAAUGCCUGGAGGGUGCAGCCAUCGGCGUCAAGGCUCGGCCCUGUCAGUUUAGUUACCGCACCACAUAAAGGCAUUGCGUUGUAGACACCGUUAUACCCGCAACAUUCUUACUAUUUGCUUGCAUAUCUCCUGAUUUCUAACCCUUCAAUUCGGCAAGAAACGAAAGACUACAUUCGGUUCGGUAUCGUUCGUUGUCGUCGCCGUCGUCGUCGUCGUCGUCGUACAAGUCGCCGCCGUCGUCGCCGUCGUCGUUCUGUAACAUUCGGUUGUCCCACUGCUUUGUCCCAUCCACGUGUCGAUCGAGUGACGCCGCCGUCGUCGCCGUCGCCGCUGUCGUCGUUGUCGUCGUCGUCGUCGUCGUCGCCGUCGUCACACCGCCAUCGCCAGCGGAGCAAAAUCGCGCCAAGAGAGAAACGAAAGAGACGAGUUCUCACGGGAACGUCGCCUGCGCCGAGAGAUCAGUUGGCCGGGGUGAAAUCGGUCGAAGAUACAGAGCAGAGGAGCGACUGCCGCGUUCUUCCCUGUCUUAUGAUUUUGUUCGUGCCCCUGUCCCGUUCUCCAUCGACCCCGUCACCCCGCGAGAAGCUACUUCACGAUCGCCCCGUCGCACGAUCCCUUCCGACAGUCGCGUCGCGUCGAUCACUCGAGGACUCGCGAACGGAUCAACGCGGAAGACGGUGCGCGAUUUUCUCACGUUGUACCGCGGCAGCGAGAGAAACCGCGAGAGAGUUAAGCGCGCGUUAACGAGAAAGAGAGAGAGAGAGAGAGAGAGAGAGAGAGAGAGAGAGAGAGAGAGAGAGAGCGCGAGGAACGAGAGAUCGUCAGCUGGAAGAUCCUUUAAUCGGCAGAAGAGGCAUCCGGCAAAAGAGACAGAGAAAGAGAGAAAGAAAGGGAGGGAGAGCGUGAUCGAGCGGGCGAGCGAGAAAGAGAGACAGAUAGGAGAGGGUCCUGUGUCGGGGGUGGGAGUGAGAGAGAGAGAGAGAGAGAGAGACUACUGGGCGUGUUCGCCGCGCGCGAGAUUUGUUUAUCUUCCGUUGCGAGAUAUACGCGCGCAUUAAUCCGAAAGUGCAUCGCGUAUGGUCUGUCUGGGACCCUGCGAAUCCUCGUACAAACCGUGAGGACCGUGGAGCGAUGAGGGAUUAGUGUACGUGCCGUGAAACUCGAUGCCGGGACUCUCGUACGACGGAAUCGGAAGCCGGCUUCCUCGUUGCUCGCGUCACCUCGGAUGUUCGUGAUCGCCUCUUGAAAAAAUACGCCGCGCGCGAGCAGAAUGCUGGGAAACUGGUUCUAAGGACACGGGAACGAGAAACGAGAGAGAAACGAGAGAGAAAGAGAGAUCGAGAGAGAGAGAUAGAGAAAGAGAGAAAGAGAGAGAUAUACACGCGCCGCCGCCGUAAAGAUCGGAAAAUCUCGUGCGAUAAAAAAAAGAGAAAAAAGAAAGUACGUAACGAACGGGCAGACGAGUAUCGGAGAGAGUCUAUAGAGAAUAGAGAAAUAAAAGUUAAUAAAAAAAAAAAACCCACCGUCGUUCCGUUCUGCGCCCAGAUAUCGGCAUCCUCCAACCACUGAUUUUCAUCGUUAACCGGAAAAGAAAGAAAAAAAAAUGGAAAGACAGAAAAAGCGGCAAAAUCGGGAGAUAAUUCAGUAACGAGGACGGCGAGCGUCGUGAUGCAUGAAGGAUCAAACAGGUCCGGGAUGGAGCGACCGCCAGUGCGGGUCCUCGUCGAGGACAAGCAGGAUGUCUCGAGAGGGACACUUCCGUCCGCGACGAUCACAAUGAUUUCGUACAUAGUUAGAUACGACUCGUUAGAGGAUUGCAAUGAUGGCGAACGGAAUGGACACAGUCGUACAACAAAACGGAGGAUCUACCCUCGGACAGACCUCGCAGGAGGAGUCGAAGACGAAUCUCAUUGUAAACUACUUGCCGCAGAGCAUGACGCAGGAUGAGAUUCGCUCUCUGUUCUCCAGCAUAGGCGAAGUCGAGAGCUGCAAGUUAAUUCGUGAUAAGCUCAGCGGUCAAAGUUUGGGUUAUGGUUUCGUCAACUAUCACCGGCCUGAAGAUGCCGAAAAGGCUAUAAGCACGCUCAAUGGUCUCCGUCUACAGAACAAGACGAUCAAGGUAUCGUACGCGAGACCGAGCAGCGAGGCGAUCAAGGGCGCGAAUCUCUAUGUAAGCGGCUUGCCGAAGAACAUGGCGCAGCAGGAUCUGGAGAAUCUCUUCAGUCCUUACGGCAGAAUCAUCACAUCGCGGAUACUGUGCGACAACAUCACCGUACGACAGUUUGUGACCGGCGGCGGAGACAAUUUGCCCGGCCUGUCGAAGGGUGUCGGCUUCAUAAGGUUCGACCAGCGCGUCGAGGCCGAGCGGGCGAUCCAGGAGCUGAACGGCACCAUACCGAAGGGCUCGUCCGAGCCGAUCACCGUCAAAUUCGCCAACAAUCCAAGCAACAACAACAAGGCGAUACCGCCAUUGGCCGCCUAUCUCGCACCACAGGCGACUCGUCGCUUCGGCGGGCCGAUCCACCACCCAACCGGCCGCUUCAGGUACAUUCCACUGUCGCCACUAUCCAGCACUGGCAAGGCCAUGCUUGCCAUUAACAAAGGCUUACAGAGGUACAGUCCGUUGGCGGGUGACCUCCUCGCGAACUCCAUGCUGCCCGGUAACACGAUGAACGGCGCCGGCUGGUGCAUCUUCGUGUACAACCUCGCGCCCGAGACCGAAGAGAACGUGCUGUGGCAGCUGUUCGGACCCUUCGGCGCCGUCCAGUCGGUCAAGGUCAUACGCGACCUACAGACGAACAAGUGCAAGGGCUUCGGCUUCGUGACGAUGACCAACUAUGAGGAGGCGGUGGUGGCCAUACAGAGCCUAAACGGCUACACCCUGGGCAACCGCGUGCUCCAGGUCAGCUUUAAGACGAACAAGAGCAAGACGGCGUAGGACGAGCAACAGGCGGCAGCGGCGGCGGUGGCUGCGGCUGC